AUGCCUACUAAUUCCAUAAAGUUGAUUGCUUCUGAUUGUCAUUUGAGUAUUGUUAAGACUAUUGCAGAGAGGCUCUUUAUUCCAGUAACAGAAUGUGUAUUAAUUAAAGAUUUUGAUAGAGAAAUAACAUUUAGUAUAUGUGAGUCUGUUAGAGAUCAGGAUGUCUAUGUUGUUGCACAAAUUGGGUCUAGAGAAGUUAACGAUAGGGUGCUAGAAUUAUUAAUUAUGAUUAAUGCGGCAAAAACUGCUUCUGCAAGAAAAAUUACGGCAGUUAUACCUAAUUUCCCUUAUGCCAGACAAGAUAAGAGAGAUAAAGGUAGAGUUCCCAUUACAGCCAGAUUAAUUGCAGAUAUGUUACUAACAGCUGGAUCGGAUCAUAUUGUGACUAUGGAUUUACAUGCAUCACAGAUUCAAGGGUUUUUUGAUAUACCAUUAGAUAAUCUUUAUGCAGAACCUAAUAUAGUGAGAUAUAUUAAAGAGCAUGUGGAGUGUGAUAACUGUAUUAUUGUUUCGCCGGAUGCAGGAGGGGCGAAGAGAGCAGCAUCUUUAGCAGAAGAUUUGAAUGUAGUAUUUGCUCUAAUUCACAAAGAACAAAUUAGCGGUAAGAGAAAUUCAAAAAUGGUUCUAGUUGGCAAUGUGAAGAAUAAAGCAUGCAUAAUUGUUGAUGAUAUGGCAGAUACUUGUGGGACUCUAAUAAAAGCUACUGAGGUCUUAUUAGAAAAUGGUGCCAAUCAAGUUAUUGCCAUAGUGACACAUGGAAUUCUAUCCGGUAACGCACUUAAAGAUAUUUGUAGUUCCUUUAUGAACAAAUUAGUCUGUACUAAUACAGUUCAAUUUGAUCAUGAAUUGGAGGCUCACCCUAAAAUUGAUAUUAUUGACGUUAGUGGGGUAUUAGCAGAAGCUAUACGUAGGUUACAUAACGGUGAGAGUGUGUCUUAUUUAUUUAAGAAUCAUUAG